AACGUUUAUAAAAGACAUAAGAGUGUAUUAUCACGUAUUUAAUACGCAGAUUCGGAUUCAAUUCAUCUCAUUUUUACGUUUUAUGUAAGAAUGUUUUAAAAUAAUGUUCAAAACUAUAUUGUUAUUACAUAGCUGUAUUUUUCUCUUGGUAAAGUCUAAUCCUUUACAAGGACUUCCUUCAUACCCCGUAAUCCAAUACCAGGAAGAUUACAGGAAUCAGCUACCAAUCUUCGUACAGCCAAGCGAUUUUAAUACUUACCCACAUCUACAUUUGAUUCAAAAUCAAUUAACACCAUAUCAGAGUAUUCCUAUUUCAUAUAACGACUACGUGCAACCAAAUUAUUUAGAUAAUAUUCUUCGAAAUGGGUUGAAAUCAGCUGUAUAUGAAAAUUGUGUUCAAAAUGGUGGUCCGAUUCAACAGUACGUAAAUCCUACAGAUAUUCCUGUACCCAAUGUUAUUAACAAUUAUAUUAUAGUACCAGUUCAAACUAAUACUAAUAAUAAUACUAAAGAUUGUCGAAAAAUAACAAGAACUAAGACAAGAGAUGAUGGAAUAUCUACCAUAAAUGAAAAUGAUGACCAAAAAAAGAAUAGAAAAUGUAGAAAAAGAAAGAAUACAUCAAAAAAUACAAAUGAUAAAGGUCAUGAAAAUACAGGAAAAUGUUCAUGUGAUAAAAAAAUAAAUCGAGGUGAGAAAGAAAGUGAGGCAAACAAGCAAUCAAGCGAUCAAGAUAUAAAAGUGUGUAGAAAAAAGAAAUCUAGAAAUAAAUCGCAAACACUGGAGAGGUCAACAGAAAAAGAAAGUUCGGUACAUAAUAACAAACGGGAAAAAGAUAAUAAUUCAAAUUUAAAAUUGGAAAAUAACAAAAAUGCUAAUAUGAAGAAUUGUAAUAAAAUUGAGAAAGCCUGCAAAUCUAUCGAUAGUGAAAACGAUAUAAGGGAAACAAGUAAAAGAGUUAAAAUUGACAAAAGAACAUCAAAUUAUUGUAAAAAAGAAAUUAGAAAUGAUUACUCUUGUGAUUUUGAUCGAACACGAGAUCUAGAUGAUUUAUUUAACAUAAACGAAGAUUGCACUGAACUUGAUAUCCGUUGCACUCGUAAUAACAGAGAAGAUAAUACCCAAAACUAUCAGCAACAAUAUUACCCACCCAGUGAUUUUUCUAGUAACAUGUCACCAUAUAACAUGAUGUUUAAUCAGAAGUCAUUUAAUACAAAUGGAUAUUUUCCCUUUGAUUUUGACUACUUAUAUAAUAUGCAGCGAUUUCCAAAUGAAAAUAUGAAUCCACCACGGAAAAAACCAAAAAUCAUUACACGAACCUUUCGAAGAAAGAAGCAGAAGAAGGGAAAUAAAAAAAACUGCAAUCGAAAUAAACAAAAUACGCAACAAAAUGGUAGUUGUGAAAAAAAUUUAGAGUUAUUACCAACAGUCGUUGACGUUGCAACAGGCCAUGAAUGUGAUUCUCUAAAACCAGCUAAAAUAGUUGAAACGAUAACUGAAAAAACUCAGGAUGACCCCGAUAUUGACAGAGAAGAAACAGACAUACAAUUAAGUAGCCAUGAAGAUUUGAAAGAAAUUGCUCCACAUGAUUGUUUUGAUUGGAAUCAUGAAGAUCACUCACCUGUUUAUAAUGAUUACUAUCCAGUGUUCCAUUCAGAUAAUGUUUACACAAGUGAAGAAGAAUUUUACUGGAAUAACUUUAAUGACAGACAUUAUUAUUCUUGCAGCGAUAUGAGUGAGCAAGACAAAGAUAUCAAAAAGUAUGACAGCACAGACAAUGGACCAGUAACCCAACAAGAUAAUAUUAUUAAGCCUAAUGAUAUCAAAACUUUUGUUUAUAGUAAAAAAGGUAAAGAAAAUAACGAAAAAGUAAACAGCAAAGAAGAAAAUGAUAACACAAAACUAAAAACAUCAAGUGAAGAAAUACAAUUCAAAUCACCACCUGCAUUAGACUUUCCAGAUUUCAAAACUGAAAUGAUAAAUAAAGAAAAUCGUAGUCCAAAAAUUGAAAUAUAUUACGAACCAAAUGACAAAGCAAUCAAUAAAUUUGAAAAUAGUAAAAUGUCUUCGUAUUCCAAUACGAAAAAAGCCGAAUCAAAUGAGAAAAGAAGCAAAGUAGUGGAUCAAAAUGAUGUUGAAACAGUUUUUGGGCAUUCCAAAGUAGUCAAAUAUGGUGCACCACCAAACAAUGUAGAUUUAAGUUCGGAUAUUAUCAAUGGCUCCGAUGAUCGUGACAAAGAAGACAAUUACCCUCAUCCUAGUGCUGAGAAAACUACUAUUGUAAUAGCUCAAUCUUUACCUUAUCCAUACUAAUAUUAUAAAUGCGAAAGUGUGUCUGUCAUUCUGUCUAUCUGUCUGUCUGUCUGCUACGUUUUCACGGCCAAACAGUUUAACCGAUUCUGACGAAAUUUGGUACACAAUUUCGGGGUAAUAAAUU